AUGUCAGCCUCUGGCGUGUCACCCUCCCAAGAUGAAAUGUCUAAGGAAACAAUAGGGGAAACACGUCAAACUAUCGACGAGGCUUCCAAGCAAGUUGAGCUGAAGCUCUCUUCCUCAUCUGCGGACGACAGUCCCUUACUCCGUGACAACCAGCUGGCUGUCGCCGCUCUGAGUUCCCUUGGCACCGCCAUUGACAAGCUCUUGGACUCCGGUCACAGAACUAAAUUGGGUCUCGAGCUUGCCAAUAGAGCUGGACCAGUGUAUGAUGUAUAUCGACUGAAAAUCAUUGAACUUGAGGUUGAGCAACGCAAUAUAAUUAGGGAACUGAGGCAGCAUGUUUCCAAGAGCGAAGCUAAAUUGCUAGCCUUAGCUGACAAGCUCCGGCACCCGUCCGGCCCACCUAAAAGAAACUGGGAUGAACGAUCAGAUUGCGCGACCGCAGGUGACACCCAAGAUAGCGAGUGA